AUGUCCAUCAAACCCGUCGCCCUCAUUCUCGGCGCAGGCCCCAAUGUAGGCUUAGCCAUAAGCACCUCAUUCACCAUCCUGAACUACCGCGUUGCAACUGCCUCCCGAUCCGGCACGAACAGCAUCAACCCCGACACGGGCAUCCUCACCCUGAAAGCCGAUUUCACGGCGCCAACAUCCAUUCCCAACCUCUUCUCGCUCGUGCUAAAAGAGUACGGCACAUCGCCCAGCGUUGUGGUCUGGAACGCCGCCGCGCUGACGCCUCCCCCUGUGGAAGAGAGCGUGCUAUCCAUAUCCCAGGAACAAUUUGCCAAAGACCUGAAUGUCAAUACCGUGAGUCCGUAUGUGGCAGCGCAGGAAGCGGUCAAGAGCUGGGAAAGCAUGGGGGAGGAGCAUGCAGGGGAUAAGAAGACGUUUAUCUACACUGGCAAUACGCUGAAUCAGACCAUUGCGCCUGUCCCGCUGUUCUUGACACUGGGUGUGGGAAAGAGCGCGAGUGCGCAUUGGGUUGGCAUGGCAGAUGCUUUGUACAAGGAGAAGGGGUAUCGGUUCUUCUAUGCAGACCAACGACAGCAUGAUGGUGCACCCAUGCUAAACGGUGUAGAUGGCCCUGCGCACGGCGCAUUCUAUGCGCAGUUGGUGCAGCAAGAAAGGGAUGUACCGUGGUUAGCUACGUUUGUCAAGGACAAGGGCUAUGUCAAGUUUUAG